AUUCACACUUUCCCGCUCAUUUUUUUCGUCUUCCUCUUCUUCUUCAUCCAUCUUUCGCUCCUUCUCUCUCUGUAUUUUUUCUCCUUCACUCUUCCUUCGCUUCUCUCUUCAAGUUUCUCCCAAAAGUGUUUCGGCAAUGCCAGAUUUAGGGAACCUCGUUCUCUCUUCCACUCUCACACUCUCUCACUGCUCCUCCGAUGUUGAUGUUGCCGCGGCCGCCGACGCUCCCGCCAAAACCCUACCCAAUGCCUUCGCUUCGGGGCCUGCUUUCGAGCCUCGGGUUUUGAAGCGCACCCGCGGCUCAGUGGAUCGGGUCAAGAAGUCCGCUUCCGACAAAGCUUUUCAGGAUCGCCUCAAAGAUCCCUUCUCUUAUCCUUUUCUGGUUGGAGCUCCCAAAUUGCGGGAGUGUUGUUUUUGCCGCCAUUUUAUCUACCCUGGGGAGGAGCUGUUGUGUUCGGUUCGCGGAUGCGACGCGCGGUGCCAUUCUGAAUGUGCAAAAGAUUCUGUCGGAGCUACCGGUCUGAAAAAGUACAAGUGUCCACAGCAUGUAUGCUUCAUUUGCAAGCAAAAGAAGCACUUGAGGUGUGUACGUUGUAAAAUUGCAUUCCAUAGUAAAUGUGCGCCGUGGCCAGAUGCAGUGUUGCCACUAAAAGAUCAUCCUGGGCUAGCUGUUUGCUGGAGGCAUCCUUCUGAUUGGCGCUUGGAUAGGAAGCCUGAUACUUCAACAAGUGACAUUUCGGAAGUAUUCUGUCGCUUGCCUCUUCCGUAUAUCAGUGAGGAGUUUAAGAUUGAUUCCUCCUGGAAAGACAUGGACAGUAAGAUGGAGCAGCCACCACCAUAUGUACACAUAAGACGCAAUGUAUACUUAGUAAAGAAGAAACGUAGUAAUGUGGAUGAUGGUGCAGGGUGCACCAGCUGCAGCUCUACAUGUUCUGAUGAUUGUGUGUGCAGGGUUCAAUGCAUAAGUUGCUCAAAAGCUUGUCGCUGCUCUGAAAAUUGCAACAAUCGUCCAUUUCGCAAGGAGAAAAAGAUCAAGAUAGUCAAGACUGAACAUUGUGGAUGGGGAGUGGAGGCCGCUGAAACCAUUGAUAAAGGUGGAUUUAUAGUUGAGUAUAUUGGAGAAGUCAUUGACGAUGCUUUAUGUGAGAAGAGGCUCUGGGACAUGAAAUACAUGGGUGUACAAAAUUUUUACAUGUGUGAGAUUCGGAAAGACUUCACAAUUGAUGCAACUUUCAAAGGAAAUACUUCACGCUUUCUGAACCAUAGCUGUGAUCCCAACUGUGUUUUGGAAAAAUGGCAAGUAGAUGGUGAGACACGUGUGGGUGUUUUUGCUGCUCGUUCAAUACAAUCUGGAGAGCCAUUAACAUAUGAUUACAGAUUUGUGCAAUUUGGUCCAGAGGUUAAAUGCAACUGUGGUGCAGCAAAUUGUCAAGGCUUUCUAGGGACGAAAAAGAAAAUUGGCAAGCUAGAUUUGUGUUGGGGUUCUAAACGCAAGCGAACAUCAAAUGCUUGCAUUACGCUGGUAACAACUGUAUAAUAUAUGCCAAUAUAUUAAGUGUAUCCAUCACUGUUGUAAUGUAGACAGAAAAGUGAAAAAGGAUGGUCGGAUGGAGGGGUCUGGGUGUAAGAAAAGAUGGAAAAAAGAUCUCAAAUAUUCUGUUUGAUUGUUGUAGAGGGAAAUGACAAUUUAUUGAUUCAAGUUUGUGACAGCAAUGUCACUCAAAUUUUCAUCCCAGGAAUUAAAACAUGUAAAUUGAUAUUGCUGAGAUAGCACACAUCAGUGUUGAAUAAUGACCAUUAUCAAAAUUGUGUUUGAUUAAAA